CAUUACAAGAAGUUCCGAAGUGUGUGGAGUAUGGCAAGUGUUGUUAUGGGACUACUCCAGGCUCCUGCAACAGAGGCUGGUUUUAGUAAUGCCAAGGCUGUGGAUUUAAUCCGUGUAUGGGCCAUUCACUGGAGAGGUGCACCUGAUGAUUCUUAAAGCAGCACAGGACAGGAAGCUCAUUGAAAGAGAGAAGCAGAGAGGUCUUCACUACCUUUGGAAAGAGAAGCAAGAUUUAUAUGCUUUGAGAAGAUCUACUGUAGUUUGCUGCCAUUUAAUUCUAACAACUCAUCUGCUUGAGGAGAAUCUGUUGUAAUGUAUCCAGUGGUUGUUCCUGCACCAGGAGGUGAAGGAGGUAAUGGACAACAUGGGAAACUUAUUUUUUUCCUUUUUGUUUUUGGAGCUGUGUUGCUCUGUGCUGGAUUCCUUCUUUCAGUCUUUAUUCUCCAGUCGUGUCCAUCUGGAAGCUUCAGUGACUGUAACGAGGUCCUUAAGGCUGCUGGGCCAGUGCUGGCUGUAACCGGACUGGUUUGUGUUUUACUGGCACGAUCAAGGGCCAGGGUGUAUAUAAGACAAAGACAAUUGCAAAAUGAGCAGGUGUACAGCCUUGUUUUUUGUCGUGGGAACUGUCAGUUUGCCCAGUUUCUCAUAUUUGGAUUCCUGUUUUUAACUAGUGGAAUGUUAAUUAGCAUCCUGGGCAUUUGGGUUCCUGGUUGCAGCCCUGGCUGGCAUACAAUACAGCUCAACCACACUGGCACUUCUGACAUAGACCUCCAGGGCUGUGGAUUCCUGUCACUUCAAAUCUUGGGACCUUUGAUUGUGCUCACUGGGUUGUGUUUCUUCGUGAUAGCUCAUGUUAAAAAGAAGCAAAACAUAAAUACCAACCUAGAAUCCUGUGAAAGUGAAGAACAUCCUCAGAGCCCUGAAUCUUUUCAGUUUACAGUAGGUGAUGCUGUGAUGGUAUUCCCACCCCCACCACCUCCUUAUUUUGCUGACCCUAUGUCACCAACUGUGACUCAUUGUCUUAUGUCAAAUGUUCUGCCUACAAGUGAAAAUCCACCACCAUACCACUCUGUCUUCAGUGAUGGAGCACAGCUUGCUGAUGAUGAAAGAACAGUUGCUGUUAGAGACUGUGAAUCCAUACAUACAAUUUCUGGAAGCAGCUCACCUUCAGAUAUUUUACCAAUGCUAUACCUUUCUUCUGAAUCACCGCCAAAAUAUGAAGAGAAAGUGUCAAUAACAAAUAAUGAAUAUUUGCCAUCUUCUUCCUUAUCUUUUUCAUCUAUUUCCUUAGCCACAUCUGACACCAGCUCAUAAAGGACUGACAGUUCACUUAAUUUUUAAUAAAAUGUACACAGAGAUUUACAA